GAGAAUGAAGACCAUUCUCAGCAAUCAGACUGUCGACAUUCCAGAAAAUGUCAACGUUACUCUGAAGGGACGCACAGUUAUCAUAAAGGGCCCCAGAGGAACCCUGCGGAAGGACUUCAAUCACAUCAACAUAGAACUCAGACUCCUUGGAAAGAAAAAAAAGAGGCUCCGGGUUGACAAAUGGUGGGGUAACAGAAAGGAACUGGCUACCGUUCGGACUAUUUGUAGUCAUGUACAGAACAUGAUCAAGGGUGUUACACUGGGCUUCCGUUACAAGAUGAGGUCUGUGUAUGCUCACUUCCCCAUCAACGUCGUUAUCCAGGAGAAUGGGUCUCUUGUUGAAAUCCGAAAUUUCUUGGGUGAAAAAUACAUCCGCAGGGUUCAGAUGAGACCAGGUGUUGCCUGUUCAGUACCUCAAGCCCAGAAAGACGAAUUAAUCCUUGAAGGAAAUGACAUUGAGCUUGUUUCAAAUUCAGCAGCUUUGAUUCAGCAAGCCACAACAGUUAAAAACAAGGAUAUCAGGAAAUUUUUGGAUGGUAUCUAUGUCUCUGAAAAAGGAACUGUUCAGCAGGUUGAUGAAUCAGAUCUAAGAGUUAUCCAGCUACAGAAAGAAGAUGCCAGAUGACUCCUAAGACAUACUUGUGAUAUUUAAAUGAUGCAAUAAAAGACCUAUUGAUUUGGACCUUCUUAAAAAAAAAAAAAAAAAAGACUACUCUGGGCCAGGCGCCGUGGCUCAUGCCUGUAAAAUUUUGGGAGGCCGAGACAGGUGGAUCACCUGAGGUCAGGAGUUUGAGACCAGACUGACCAACAUGGCGAAACCUCAUCUCUACUAAAAAUACAAAAAUUAGCUGGGUGUGGUGGCGGGCACCUGUAAUCCCAGCAACAUGGGAGGCUGAGGCAGGAGAAUCGCUUGAACCCAGGAUGUGGAGGUUGCAAUGAGCCAAGACCACUCCAUUGCACUCCAGCCUGGGCAACAAGAGCGAAACUCCAUCUCAAAAAAUAAAAAAAAAAAAAAGACUACUCUGGGAAAUAGAUAGAAGAGGAACAAAGUGGAACUACCAAGGCCAGCCAGGAAUUACUGCCUCUUUUGUAAGAAAUGAUAACUGGGCCAGGCACGGUGGCUCACGCCUGUAAUCCCAGCACUUUGGGGGGCCAAGGAGGGCACAUCACCUGAGGUCAGGAGUUUGAGACCUGCCUGGUCAACAUGGUGAAAUCCUGUCUCAACUAAAAAUAUAAAAAUCAGCUGGGCACGGUGGUGGGUGCCUGUUAAUCCCAGCUACUUGGGAGGCUGAGGCAGGAGAAUCACUUGAACCCAGGAAGAAAGAAAAAAAAAAGAAAAGAAAAAAAUGGUAACUGGGAAAAUGGCAAUGAAGAUCACAGGAAACAGCCAAUUCAAGGAAUUCCUAGUUUUCAGAUAUAAUAUUCUUCUAUUUCUCUUAUGUAUUUUUAUUUCACAUUAUAAAUUAAAUUAAACAUAAUAGUUCAUUGAGAGGGUGGCUAUAAAUAUGGAUAAAGCUAAACAAAUUUACCCUUUGACUCAGUAAUCCAACUCUAGGACUUUACCCAAAGUUACUUCACAAAUGAGAAACAACAUAUGCAUAAAGUGAUUUACUGAGGCAUUAUCUGUACUAUCAAGAGACUAAAAAACACCAAAUGCCCAUCAAUAAGAUAUCAGCUGAAUAUCUGAUGACACAGACAUAAAGCACUAUGCAACCACAAAAUAUGAUAAGGAGGCCGGGCACGGUGGCUCACGCCUGUAAUCUCAGCACUUUGGGAGGCCGAGGCAGGCGGAUCACGAGGUCAGGAGAUCGAGAUCAUCCUGGCUAACACAGUGAAACCCCGUCUCUACUAAAAAAUUAAAAAAAAAAAAAAAAAAAAAUUAGCUUGGCUGAGGCAGGAGAAUAGCAUGAACCCGGGAGGCGGAGCCGAGAAUGCACCGCUGCACUCCAGCCUGAGCAACAGAGCGAGACUCCAUCUCCAAAAAAAUAAAAAAAAAAAGAUGAGGAAUAUCUCUAUGAACCAGAGUAAUUCCCAGGUUUAUCAUUUAAUGAGAUGAACAAAAGGCAAAAUAUGCUGCCUUUUGUAUAAGAAAGCAGUAUGGAGGGGAGAUAAAGUGAACACAUGUAUUUUUGAAGAAGAAACAGAGGAAGGACAGGUCAAAAGUGAAUGUAAAUGGUUAUCUAGGCCGGCUGUGGUGGUUCACACCUGUAAUCCUAGCACUUUGGGAGGCUGAGGCGGGCAGAUCACCGGAGGUCAGGAGUUUGAAACCACCCUGGCGAACAUGGUCAAACUCCAUUUCUACUAAAAAUAUUUUUUAAAUUAGCCGGGCAUGGUGGUGGGCGCCUGUAAUUCCAGUUACUUGGGAGGCUGAGGCAGGAGAAUUGCUUGAACCUGGGAUGUGGAGGUUGCAGUGAGCCGAGAUUGCGCCACUGCACUCCAGCCUGGGCAACAAGAGUGAAACUCUCUCUCAAAAAAAAAAAAAAAAA